UGUUCAGGGGAGUGUCUUGUGUUAUUAAUGCUGAGUGGCUCUGUGGUUCAAGGUCGUUAGUCAUCCGCUGGUACUGCAGGAGACACCGGAGCGCUGAGCCAGAGCUCUUCAUCCAACCCUCUGGGUCCUCCCAGGCCAGCAGGAUGAAGAAGUCCAGGCAAACAUUCCUUAAUUUAUUCUGCAUCCUCUGGUUCUUGCUGCUGCUGAAGACUGCCUCUUGCUCCCCUCUACCCCGUGGAAAAGACCCACGAGCCCCUUCGCUCCCCUUUGGGCUGUACAAAGGACACACCUGUGUUGGAUGCGUGCUCGUGGUGUCUGUCAUUGAACAGCUUGCACAGUGGCACAACAGUACAGUGAAGGCAGCUGUGGAGAGGCUGUGUGACUACAUACCUGAAAAGCUGCAAGGUUUCUGUUAUGUCCUUGCUGAACUUUACGGACCACAUAUAGCUGAACUCAUAGACAGGGAAAUGAAUGCCGAUGUGGUUUGCCAUUCCUUGAGGCUGUGUAAACAGGAGCCAGGACAACCGCUUUGUCAUCUCUACUCUCCUCCAAAGGUGGGACUGAGUGCUGCAAUAAGAAAAGCAAAAAGAAUUAUGAAGACUUCCAAGGACUUGAAAACCUUCAUGGGGUUCUCAAGUGUAUGUGCAUUUCCUCUUCUGGCUAACCUAUGUGAGAAGAUUAAAUAUGUUCUAAGAAAUAAACUGCCUUUUGAAGAUUUUGAUGGAGAUAAAUUUAGCACCUUCCCAACCUUGAGGGGCUAUCACUGGCGAGGCAGAGACUGCGACGACAAAAACACAACCGUGUACCCUGGCAGGCGUCCUGAUAAUUGGGAUGCAAAAAGUGACUCUAACUGCAAUGGCAUAUGGGGUGUAGAUCCAAAAGAUGGAAUUCCCUAUGAGGAGAAGUUCUGCAAAGGUGCAGACUCCAGAGGGGUCGUGCUCCUGGGAGACUCGGCUGGCGCUCACUUCCACAUCCCUCCCGAGUGGAUGACCGUCACGCAGAUGUCAGCGAAAUCAUUUGCUAAUCUCCCCAUGGCUUUCAGUGAUGAGUUUGACUGGCCCCAGUUCUCAGAGAUCACUGGAUUUCUCAAUUCCACCAUCGGAGGGUGGACAGACUCUCUGUAUCUUCGUUUACGCAAGAGAAAUCGCUGUAAUCACAGAGACUUGCAGAACAUUUCCCAAAAUGGUGGCUCUUCAGGAAACCUCCUCUCUUUAAUAAAAAGCUUUGCCAGAAACCAGCUGUUGGACAAUCCAGCCAUAGUUAUCUACGCUACAAUUGGGAAUGAUGUCUGCAAUGGGGAACGUGACACACUGGCCCACAUGACCACACCCAAAGAAAUGCUCUCCAAUGUGGUGCAAGCUCUGCAAUACCUGGACACCCGUCUUCCAAAUGGCAGCCAUGUGAUUCUAACAGGCUUGGUGGAUGGUCGCUUCCUCUGGGAUAACCUGCAUGACAGAUACCAUCCUCUAGGACAACUGAACAAGGAUGUCACGUACAGUCAACUCUACUCUUUCCUGGACUGCCUCCAGGUGAGCCCCUGCAGCGGCUGGCUGACCCCCAAUGAGACCCUCAGGAAUCUGACCUCAGAGAGAGCGUUACAACUUUCCAAUGUUCUGAAAGAAAUAGCAAGAUCUGAGAAAUUUGCCAACUUUGAUAUUUUCUACAUGGAUUUCCCACUGAGAAAAACGGCCGAAGAGUGGCGCAAGAUGGGAGGCGAGCCCUGGCAGCUGAUCGAGCCAGUCGACGGCUUCCACCCCAGCCAGAUUGCUGCAGCCCUUGGAACAGGCAUUACCUGGCAGAAGGCGCUACACGAGUGGCCUCAAGUGCUUGGCAAGGAGAAUCCAUUCAAUGAUCAGAUUGAAGCCACAUUCAAAGAUCAAGGUGGACACUGACUUCCCAGCUGCUGGAACCCUCAUGCGAUUGAUGAUGGCACUUCCACGAGUCAAGAUGAUUAAAGACACACACAAAAAAGGGGCAGAGGAAGUUAUCAGAGCCAGUAGCAGUGGACAUAACACAAGAGCAUUCUUUUCAGUUUGUAUCUCACCUGCACAAGUAGACAAUGCUUUUUCUGUGGCGCUACAAAAAUAAAAAUCAAAGGAUAGCUGCCAGCUAGACCAUU